AUGAAAUUGGGUUCGAAUCGGGUUACAGGGUUGAACAACAUCUUCACCUCUUGGAAGUCGAUGGAUGACCCAGGAACCGGAAACUACUCACUGUGGCUCGACCCGAGUGGAUAUCCACAAAUUUUCUUGAGCCAGGGUCGAACUCCACGUUGGCGAGGUGGGUCUUGGAACGGCUAUCGAUGGAGCGGUGUACCGCAAAUGACGCAAACAUUCAUAUUCAACGACACGUUUGUGAAUAAUGAGAACGAAGUAUCGUACCAAUCCGAUCUUCGCAACGACUCGAUUCUCGCUCGGCAAGUGGUUGAUGAAUCGGGAAUUGUUUACUUAUCAAUGUGGCGGAAUGGACAAUGGCUAAGGUUUUUGUCGGCGCCGACUGAGACGUGCGAUACGUACGGGUUUUGUGGCCCGAACGGGAUAUGCGACCCGGACAACAUGGAUGGCUUUGAGUGCGCGUGCCUACCCGGGUUUGACCCGAAGUCACUUAAAAAUUGGUUGCUUAGAGAUGGGUCAGACGGUUGUGUGAGAAAGCUACAGCUUAAUGGCACGUGUGGGAACGGAGAAGGGUUUGUGAAAUUUGAAGGCGUAAAGAUACCAGACACAUCGAAGGCACGUGUGAAUUUGAGUUUGAGUUUGAAAUUGUGUGAAGAGGAGUGCUUAAGAAACUGUACGUGUACAGCUUACUCUAGUGCGACUGUGAGUGGGGACAUGAUUGGGUGUUUGACAUGGCAUGGUGAUUUGAUGGACGCAAGGACUUAUUCUAAUUCGGGUCAAGAUUUUUAUGUGCGAGUUGACUCCAUUACUUUAGCUAAAUAUUUAAAGAAGUCCAAAAGUAUUUCCAUAACCAAAAUUGGGAAGCUGGGAAUUGGGUUGACUUCUUUUGCGAUACUAGUUCUCUUUUUAAUUUUUAUAUACUGCUGGCAAAAGAGACGAUCAAAAGUGCAAGAACAACGGAAGAAAUAUGUUUUUACGAAUCCAAAUAUAUAUUUUGAUGACAUUUCUGGAAAGGAUGAGUUCGAUGAAAAUGCAAAUUCAGAAUUACCUCGUUUUGACUUGAAUACCAUAGCUACAGCCACUAACAAUUUUUUCAUAAGUAACAAACUUGGAGAAGGUGGUUUUGGUCCUGUUUAUAAGGGUAUGCUUUAUGAUGGAAAGGAAAUUGCAGUGAAAAGAUUAUCAAAGAACUCUGGCCAAGGAAUUGCCAAGUUUAAGAAUGAAGUAUUGGUAAUUGCAAAACUUCAACAUAGAAAUCUUGUGAGGAUUCUAGGUUGUUGCGUUGAAGGAGUAGAAAAGAUGUUAAUCUAUGAGUAUUUACCAAACAAAAGCUUGGACGUCUUCAUAUUUGGUAUGUUUAAAAGGAAAUUGUUAGAUUGGAGAAGACGCUUUGAUAUCAUUUCUAGUGUUGCUCGAGGGUUGAUGUAUCUUCAUCAUGAUUCAAGAUUGAGAAUCAUCCAUAGAGAUCUAAAAACCAACAAUGUUCUUCUAGAUGCUAAUUUGAAUCCCAAAAUUUCAGAUUUUGGUAUGGCUAGAAUAUUUGGAGGGGAUGAAAUUGAAGUAAACACAAAUCGAGUAGUUGGAACAUAUGGUUAUAUGUCUCCAGAGUAUGCAAUGGAAGGACGAUUUUCAAUAAAGUCAGAUGUAUAUAGUUUCGGAGUUAUGAUACUUGAGAUUAUUACUGGCAAAAAAAAUACUAGCUAUUAUCAUAACAAUUUGCAUUCCAAUUUGGUUGCGCAUGUGUGGGAUUUAUGGAAAGAAGGUAGAGCAUUAGAAAUGAUGGACUCAUCCAUAGAUGAAGCAUUCAGUGGCCCAGUCUUGAGAUGCAUUACAGAUGGGUUUUUGUGUGUACAAGAGUAUGCUAUUGAUCGACCAACCAUGUCUGAAGUUGUUUUGAUGUUGAGUAAUGAAGCAAAUCUCCCUAAUCCAAAACAACCUGCAUUUGUAUUAAAGAGAAAUUCUAGUUUAAACGUAGGUCUAUCAACUAGUGAUGGACUUAACUCAAUAAAUGAUGUGACAUGUACGGUGGUAGAAGCUCGUUAA